AUGGUGAUGCAGAUUAAUGAGGCGGGCGUGACGAUACCUGGAAAAACUUACCCGGAAAUAGAAGUGUCGGGUGGAUGGGCUGAUUUUGAAAGAAGGGCGGGAUUUGUCAAACCGAUCACCCAGAAGAACUGCCGACGUGAUAACUUUCGAGUAUUAUACAGCACAAAUGCCACCUCAAUCCCGCUGGUCGACGAGCUGAUGAAGGAAUUCUGCGCCCGGUACACGGCCAACAAAUUUCGGAUGGAAUGCCUGAAAGUUGAGAAUGUCACGCUGAUGCACGAAAAGCUGCGCGCGAGUCUGAUGUCCGAGCUGAAGUUGGAUUGUCUCGUCAAUGGAACCUUCGCCGGAAUCGAGUUCUCCGAAGCGAAUCUCGCCGCCUCGCGUCUGUCCUACAAGCUUUGGCACCCGGAUGAGGAAGGAAUAUCACAGGGCGAGGGCAGCCCGUGGCAUCUCAAGAGCAAAUGGAUAGGCGGAAAUCCGUAUUAUGGAAAGGAAUUCUCGCCGCAAUUCCUCGAGUUCCUUCCGGUCAUCUACGCCUUCCUCAUCUAUCCCACCGUCCUCCACUUGGCGCGGGAGAUUUCCGCGGAAAUCGAUGCCGGCUUGAAGGAUUUCAUGCGCGUGAUGGGCCUGAGUUCUUCGGUUUUCUUCUUGACGCACGGCUUCAUCGCUUGGGUCAAGGCUGCGGUUAUCUUCACGAUUUGCGCCUACCCGAUUAUGACAUCACUAGAGUUCGUCCCCUGGCAUUUGGUGCUUGUCGUCGUCUAUCUCUACUCGUUUGCCGUCAUCGCAUUCUCUCUACUAUGCUCCUCGCUGCUCAAAACGUCGAAUAACGUCUUGAAAUUGGCAAUCGUCGCGUGGGUAGUGUCCGUCGGCGCUACAUUCAUCCGCCGUCCCUCCUUGGACCAAUAUGUCCAUUGCUAUUUCUACUCCCUAAAUCUCAACCAUGCCUUCCGAUUGGCCAUUGAGAUUAUGGCAGAGGCUUGUAAUAGAGAAUACCACCUCGGCUGGCCGCAAAUCUUCGACACGCCGAAGAUAGCGUUCAAUCUGUUCGGGGCGAUGCUGAUGCUUUUGAAUAACACCACGAUCGGAAAUGGUCGCCGAAACCCAGAAUUGGAGGAUCAGAUCGACUUUGUGCGCCAGGAGUCCGGGGCUGAUAUUCGAGUCGACGGACUGCGGAAGAUGUACCACACCGGAAACUGGGCGCUUGAAGGCAUGAAUUUGAGGGCGAAUCGGGGACAGAUCACGGUCCUUCUUGGUCACAACGGCGCCGGCAAGAGUACCACGUUCAGCAUCAUUUGCGGCCUCAUAGAACCGACGCACGGCGAAGUCCACGUGACCGAAAAACCCGUCGGUCUGUGCCCGCAGAAAAAUUCGCUCUUCGACAAGCUAACGGUCCGCGAGACGAUCUGGUUCUUCCACCAGUUGAAGGGCAGCAAUACGGACUACAGACAAGAAACGGAUGAAUACCUGAAGGCCCUGCAUUUCGAGGACAAGGCUGAUGAUCUCGUUCAAAAUCUGUCCGGCGGCACGAAGCGGAAGUUGUGCGUGGCGGUGGCGAUUUGCGGAGAAUCACAGGCCGUUCUCCUCGACGAGCCGACAGCUGGAAUGGAUCCUGGAGCGAGGAGGGACGUCGAGAAUCUGUUGCAACACAUCAAGCCCCAUCGAACGAUCCUCCUGACGACCCACUACAUGGAUGAAGCCGAGAGAUUAGGAGAUUGGAUUUACAUCAUGCAAGCCGGGAAGGACAUCAUAAAUGGAUCGCCGGGAUACCUGAAAAAGCAAUAUGGAACCGGCUUCGUGUUGACGCUCGUCUCGGCAGCCGUUGUCGGAGGGAAAGCUGCCGAUACUGCCACGCCGGUCACGCCUGAAGAUGUGAUGGCCCUUGGAGACCGUGUGGUGACGGUUUGUGCGAAUGUCAUCGGAACAUCCGCCUCGACCUUCGCGAGAGGAAAACCGAGAGGAAGACAAAUUGAAAUCACGAUCCCUACCGAAUAUAAAGAGCUCUUCCCCGAGAUGUUUAAAUGGGUUGAGAGGGAAAUCAACGUGGUGCGCCCGAAUCAGGCAGUGCUGCUGAGUUUUGGAGUGUCACUGAACACGCUGGAGCAAAUUUUCUUGAAGGUCGGUGAACUCGGAGAGAAAGACGCGGCCAAGCAGCAGCCGGCCAUUGAGGGCCCAAAUGUUACGGAAAACUGGGUUUUCCUGCCAAUCCUCCUGGUGCUGCUGGCCUGGGCGGUGGGCAACAGAUUCGCCGAUGGGCCGGGAAAAGAGUUCAACCUCGCGAAAGACCUCGAUUUGACGGCCGUCUCGCCCAUCAAAUGCACGAUGCAAGCGGAUCCGAAUCGAACACGACACGAAAUUGACGUCUAUCAGAAUUACCUGAAAACGCAUUGCGCUCAAUUUCUAUGGAUAGACGCGAAGACCUCGUUUGACCAGCGGAUAUUUGAUGAACCAAAAUACCUGCCAGCCCUUGGCGUCGGUGUUCGUCUACUGGCCGACGGGACGAGGGCCAUUUUCAACGCUCAUGGAUAUCACACGGCCCCGGCUGCCAUGCAUCUUGUGGCGAAUGCUAGGCUACGGCACUUUACUGGCAAACCCUCAGCCUCGAUCCACUCUUCCAUCCAAGUCUAUGCCCCGCUGAAAGAUGCACGUCAACAUCAAGCCGAUGCCGCGGCCGAGGAUCAAGUGAAAAACUUCCUGCUGAUCCCGGUGUUGAUCCUGGCCUUUUCGCUGGUCUCCUCCACCUUUGUCAUGUUCCACGUCGAGGAGCGAGCCUCGCAUUUUAAACAUCAGCAACUCCUGACAAAACUCCACCCGUCGCUCUUCUGGGCCUCCUCCAUCCUCUACGAUGCCGUCAUCUUUUUCACCGUCUGCUUGGUGUCGAUCGGAAUUUUCUGGGCGGCCGGCUGGAUGCAGGGAGCACUACAGUAUGUGUUCCUGCUGUGGUCGCUGUAUUUCUGGGCUUGCUGCCCGUUCAUCUACUCGGUCUCGUAUCUCUUCGAGAGCCCCUCAAAGGCUAGCACUCUGCUCAUUCUUUGGCAGCUGAUCACCUCGAUUUUUGCCCUGAUCGUCGAGGCGAUACAGUUCGCCAUGGCACCCGAGAGUUCCGACUGGACCGGCACGUUCCUUGUAUUCCUUCUGCCGCCAUACGCGAUGGGUAAUGGAAUGAAGGCAAUAGCCAUGUGGAAGGUGUUCCGCGAACUCCCGCCAGAUUUUGCCAGCUUUGGGUCGGGCUGUGACCGGACUGAUCUGUGGGCCUGGUGUAUGCUGGGCCGCCCGGCCGCGAUGAUGUUCUUCUUCGGGCUGGCGAGUUGGGUGCUGUUCGUGUGCCUCUCCUCUCGUCAUAUCAGCCGUGGAUUCUCCACCCUUUGGGGCCAUAUCCCAUUCAAGAAUGCCCCUCCAAGAAUGGAUGGAGAAAGAGAUGUAGAUGUGGAGAAUGAGGAGAGAUAUGUCGCCGAGCCGCUCAUUUCCAGGCCUCAGCUUGUCGUGCGAAAACUGAAGAAAGUAUACGGAUGGAACUUUUCGAAGCCGGCGGUCAACGAAUUGACAUUUGCUGUCGAUAAGGGGCAAUGCUUCGGAUUGUUGGGAGUGAACGGAGCCGGAAAAACGACGACCAUCGACAUCAUCACCGGGUUGAGGUAUGCGACAAGCGGAAGUAUCGAAAUUCUCGGAGAGGAUGGACCGACUGCGGUGCCGAUCGGCUACUGUCCACAGUUUGAUGCCGUACUCCUCGAUUUGACCGGAAGAGAGACGCUCGAGCUGAUGGCCUGUUUCCAUGGAUAUAAGGAGCCGGAGAAGAUUGCGACUGAGGCUCUGAGCGCCGUGGGAAUGCUCGGCCAUGGCGACAAACAACUUCGCUACUGUUCUGGCGGGCAGCGGAGGAAGAUUUCAUUUUGGAUGAACCGACAGCUGGCAUCGAUCCUAAGGCUCGACGCGACAUCUGGAAAUAUC